AUGUCCAUAUCAUUCAUCCACAUUCGCCUUGCAGGCGUCGACGCCCCUGAACUCCCCCAUUUCGGCCGGCCCGCCCAACCCUUCUCCCACGCCGCCCACACCUGGCUAACAAACUACCUGCUCAGCAGGCGCGUGCGUGCCUACGUCUACCGACAGGACCAGUACGGCCGCGUUGUGGCCACCGUGUACGUGCGCCGUUGGCCCUUCCCCUUCAUCCGGCGCGAUGUGGGUUUGCAAAUGUUGCGGGCGGGGCUGGCAACGGUGUAUGAGGCGAAGAGUGGGGUGGAGUUCGGUGGGGAGGUGAUGGAAGGGAGGUAUAGGCGUGCGGAGGAGAGGGCGAGGAGGCUGGGGAGGGGGUUGUGGAAGGGAAAGGGUACGGUGGGGUGGGAGAGUCCGCGGGAGUAUAAGACAAGGAUGGCGAUGUUGGAUGGGGAGAGGGCUGCUGCUACUGCGGUUGGUGGUGGGGAGGGUGAGAAGAAGUAG